AUGCUCAGUAAUAUUAAAAACGAAGAUAAUUCAUUUGAAAGGACGUUUACCAAAAGAAAGUCGUUUACAACCUCAGAAGAAGCUAAUGACAUCUUAGAGAUUGGUACCCUUCAUUUGCAAAGAUUAAAUACACAAUGUCAGGAAACAAGAUUAGAAAUUACCGGACUAAAAUAUGAUUGUGAAUGCAGAGAAAGUGAAAUCGAAAAGCUUGAUAAAGAACGUGAAAAAGAAGAAUCAUAUGCUUUGAAAUAUAUUUCCAUAUCACAAGAUCAGGCAUUACAAGAUUCUGUUAAAGCUCAUAAGGAUGCUUUGUCGAUCCUUCAUAAAAUAUUCGUUGAAGAAGUUUCUAUACAAAAACAAUAA